AUUACUUUCCAAACAGCUUCUUCUCUUCUCUGUUUUUUCGCUUCCAGCGUCCCUCUGAUAUGGCUAGAUUCUCUACCAUUUUCACCGCCAGAAAUCUUCUGGUUCUCUCUGUGGCUUUUAAUGCCACAUUGCUUUUACGGUUCUUUCAUGAGAGCCGAAUUGGGUCGCUCCACGGCCUCUACCCUGUCAUUCUGAAUGAGGGGCGUGAACACAGGCCUCCCCUCAGCCAGCGGUCCCGACUAACCACCGCUGAAACUUCCCUUUUGUCUUCCUCUGCUGCAACGGCGGAAGAGAACGAGGACAGGGUGAUCAAUCUUGACCAUGGGGAUCCAACAAUGUAUGAAACAUAUUGGCGAGGGAUGGGAGACAGGACUACCAUUGUAAUUCCUGGCUGGCAGACCAUGAGUUACUUCUCCGAUACAAGAAAUCUGUGCUGGUUCUUGGAGCCGGAGUUUGCCCAGCAAGUUGUCCGACUGCAUAAAGUUGUGGGCAAUGCAGUAACGGGGAACCAUCACAUUGUUGUCGGGACAGGCUCAUCUCAGCUCAUCCAGGCUGCCUUAUAUGCUCUGUCUCCCAAGGAUGCCAUGGAUCCCAUUCCCGUGGUUUCUACUGCCCCUUAUUAUUCUGUGAUCAAUUUCGUCUCUCCAUCCAUUUUGGCUAACACCGUCACUUUUACCGUUAAAGCCUAACGUCCUAUCCAUUGAUGACUGACAUUCUCAAAUCCAGGCUUCACAAGUGGGCCGGUGAUGCUCGCAAUUUCAAGAAAUCCGGCCCUUACAUAGAAUUUGUUACCUCCCCAAAUAAUCCAGAUGGAUUUGUCAGGCACUCCGUUGUUAACCAGAGUGAGGGGAAGUUGGUGCAUGAUCUUGCUUACUAUUGGCCACAAUAUACACCAAUUACC